UUGAUCGCUAAUACUACACGAAGAUGGAUAUUUGCUGCGGAUUACUGUUGUUCCUUGGGAAUGCGUCUCUUGUCAAUCCAGUCGAUUGAAAAGCUGAACUGUUUGGACAAUGUGAUUCCAAAUUACGGAGAAUACUGGACAUCUGGCACCAACGAUGGCUGUAAGAAUAAUCGCUACAGGUGGUGCUCACACGAAUUCAAGGACUUUGUGAAGCCGGACGUCAAUUUAAACACCACUUACACGGGGAAUUCUCAAAAUGCGACAUACUGCGUGAAAGCGAGAAACACGUUUGAGGGUGUCAAAUUGAGCGUUACUGAUUGCUACGAAACGCUUCUCCAACCUAUUUGCGAGACCCGCGUAAUGGCAGAAUCACACGUGCAAGAGGUUUUUAACGAAUGCAAACUGACACACCGCGUCUCACAACGUGAAGUAGAAAAGUUCAACACCUCUGAGAUUGACAGAUUUUCGUUCAAAAUGAAAUGCUUAAUGACGUGCAUGGCUGAACUCCUGGGAUUUGUAAAAACUAUAAAUUUAUAAAAGUUUACCUAAUUUUAGGAGAAAAAUAAAUUUUUUAGAUUUAUGACGGUGGCAAAAUAUGGGAGGACAACGUAGAAAAAGCGAUGAGGAAAGUCAAAGUGCCUGAAGCUAUCGCCGAUUUCCAAUCUUUAUUGAAGAAAUAUUCAAUUGACAUAUUAAAAAAGGCUACUGAUAAGAUGGAUGCUCUGAGACUACUGUUUUUAGAACAGAGAAAGCAACUGGCAUGGAAAUCUACUCUACUUGUAAACAAAGCGCUUGACCGGUUCUGGGAAUGUAACCGAAUUGUUCAAGCCAGCGACGCAGAAUGUUCUUUCGUACAAAAUUUCAUUAAAUGUUUUACCAACGAUAGUUCACUGGAAAAUCUCUGGAGCUCAAAUUUGCACAACAUUGUCGAGCGAAGAGAUGUCUCAUAUGCAUUACAAUUUCCCAUUGAAAUUUACAAUAAAUACGUUAAGGGAAAUAUGCCCUUCCGUGAAGGCUGUAGCUAUAAUUAUAUUUAUAAAUCGGUUUUGAAAAUAAUAACGAUAAAUUAAACUAGCACCCCUCAAUCCGAAUAUCCGGACGUACGUCGAAAGUGUGAAUAAAAUUUCGUACCAGGAAGACGUGGUCAGUUCACGUUGCCUAUUUCGUUAUUUGCGACCGAAAAAUUUAUCUCUUAGAGAUGCUUGCAUGAAAUUAGUGGCAAACUUCAUACCUACCCCAGUAGACGAAAUUUUAGCAAAAAAAGCAGUCAAUAAACAAACGUUUUCCCCGGUGCUCGCAGCAUUAAUGUGCGCCCAAGCGAACGGGAGUUUAGUUACAGUGACAGAAGCCACUCUCGAUAGUUUCGCCAUUCUUCGUAAUUUAGCCAGUGACCCAAACUCUUUGCAUAGCCUGUUUUUUGAUGCUAAAAAUUCUGUUUUACUGGAUGAAACCUUCGAGGAUUCGCAAGGGGUGUUUCGCUGGUGCAGCACUCUGGAAGAAGUUCCUGCUUUUGUCAAAUUGAACGAAACUAGACGUGACAAUGUUCUGUUUCACUUCUACUAUAUGUCACGCACAAAUGAACACCGUUUUGAAUCUAUAGGAGGCGAUUAUUACAACUUAGAUUAUGCAUAUGUAUCGGCAUUUUUGUGUAAAUUUGACCAUGAUUUCCUAUCGCUGUGCAAACUGAAUUAUUAAUAAAUUCAUAUUUUAAAUUUUAA